GCGAAGUGCAUCAGUAGCAGCGCCAAUUUAGAAAAUAUAUCCUUAUUCCGUGGUUACGUCCGUCGUCAACAAACCUAUUAGUAUUCCAUGUUUGACAGCUGCUCCGUUGAUUUUAGCUUUUGUUUAUAAACAAAUCGCGCUAGGAUGUGAAGAUGGUAUUUAAAAUUAUGCGAAAUAUACUAAUAUUCUGUAUUGUUACGUUUCAAGCUUCGCAUGCCGUAAACCACUGGAUAGUGACGCAGUCCGGAAAAAUCCAAGCUUAUUUGGAUUCACCGUUCGAUCUGAGACAACCCAACGAUCUGCUAGCCUUACUCGAUCAGGAAACGCGCUGGAACGACCUAAACAACCUCUAUGCUGACUUAAUCGAACGAAAAGGCGCGAUAGAGAAGAAGUGGACGGAAAUCGAAAAAAAACCUGAAGCUACAGUCUUGAAGGGACCGUCAGAAUGCGUGCUUUCUGGAAAAUCGGUGUCCGAUUUUAAUUUGUACCCCACGCUCGCUUCCAAUGGGACGGAAAGGGGCGUCAUCUUUAACUUGCCUUACGCAGAUCUCAGUAAGAAUUCUGUCGUUCCCUUAUGUGAUAAUUUCAAUAAAUUAAAACGCAUUGGCACUUCGAUGAACGGGACGGUUAUAGUAUUGCCGCCCGAUGAAGCUCUAGUUCAGCAGUUUAUGCCUGUAAUGUCCUUGGAUAAUUUUGGUAAUUACAUCUCCUCAGAGUUGUUAAAAAAUUCUACUUCUUGGAUACACUACAAUUUGGCCUCCUUCUAUUGGAGGGUCAAAGGAAACGGCAACAAAGCAAUUGACUGCUUAAAGUUGGCCAUCCAAUUCGUCACUGAAGGUUACCGCGACAUCCCGUUGUAUAAUUUGGCCGGAAUCCUUCACCAUUCGGGCCACUCAAAAGAGGCUGCUCAAGUCCUACAAAGUGCCAUCGACAUAGCGCCCCACGAAUCGAUGCAUUUAUUUGCCAUUGCGAAUAUUUUCGCCUCUCUAAGGGAGUAUGACAGGUCUCUCCAUUAUUACGAUGAAUUUCUCAAAACAAAACCGGGUGACAAAGAAGUGGGCAGUAUUAGAAAUUUUAUUGAGUGUUAUUCGAAAUGGGAAAGAACUUUGACAACAUUUCAGAGGGAUUUGCAAGAAGUCCUUGACGACUUACAUGAGUACCACAGCCUGCAGCAGAGGUGGCUGCGGCUCCAGGAACGUGUCAUCUGGGAGCACGCUUCCUUUAAUUAUCAUGGCGUACCUACCAACGAUCUUCAUUUGGAGGUCCGCACGCGUCAAGUACAGAGGUGUGUUCAAAAAACUUCGGGCCAUUCAAAAAAGCCUGUCAUCUCUUGCGACUUUUACGACAAGGGCCUCGAUGUCGCCGAUCUUAACCUCCAAAACUUACACGAACUUAUCGAGAACGAACGAGCCAAACUGAAUGAGCAACUACGCGACAUACUUAAGUCAUCGCCUGAGCAGCUUAAACCUACCCUCAAGGACAGCUUCUAUUUCGAUGCUGGCGGCUGGCCCGCCAAUGAGGAGUGCUUGCUGUGGAAUAUACCAGUUAACGAGAGGGACAACUUGAAUUUACCCGUCGUUUUGCCGCCCGAAAACAAGGGUUAUUCGAUCAAGCUGAUUCUGUCCGAAUACAUUGGACUGCCAGAGGGUUCGCAGCAGGCGUUGCCGUGGUACCCUCCUUUAUGCGAGUCGGACAACGUCAACGGAGAAAAGUACCUACCUGCCGGUGAAAAAUCUGUCCUAGAUAUGCCCCUGAAAAGUAAUAAAUAUUUGAAAGAUCAUCUGUUAAAAUAUGUUAACAACGGUCGGGCUGACGAAGCCGAAAUCGGUCAAAGAAUCAUCGCGGCCACGGAGAAGAAGGUGGCGCCCAAGUGGGUGCUGGCCGUCCUGGCCAGUUUGUACUGGCGCGUGCGCGGAAACGCACGUCGGGCCAUUGACUGUCUGGAUAUGGCAUUCCAAGCAGUACCCGAGGAUCAGACGGACUUGGUACUGGUACCGCUCGCGUCCAUCUUACACCAGCUGGGGUUCCGCGGGCGGUCCAUGGAAUUCGCGACGUUGGCGCUUAAAAUCAAUUAUCACGAGCCAAGCACCAAUUUCCUUCUGGCCCUGCUGCACCACGGAAAUGGUAACCCCCUGCUGGCCACGUAUUACAUGAAAAACGUGCUAAGGGCGGACCGGGAUUUUUACGACGGCACGGCCGAAACGUUGCUCAAAACUUGGGGCUGCCGAACUCGACUUGGCACGGGUCAGCACAAUAUUAGAAGUGUAUACAGUGGAUCGACGGAGUUGAAACCCACAAGUCUAACCGAGCAAAUGUGCUCAAAAAUGGAACCGACUAGGGGAGUUACCUGCCGCGACGGUGCCACCCUUUACUGCUACAAAAAAACCGAGCAGGACACCUCCGACGUCAUCGAGGAAAAAUCGAAUCUCGGUCAGACGAUCAUCUCGUCGCUGUUGGCAGCCGAAGGGGAUCCGGAGCCCGACCAGUCGAAAUUAGAGACCUUGAGCGAAGACGCCAAGGGGUUCAUGUUGUCCCAGGUCCAUCACCACGUCCACAUGCGUCUGUCAUUGGGGGAGCAGCCGGAGGGGGAACGUCGCGGUCUGAACGAUUUUUUCGUUUCAGUGGCGCUUAGCGAAAGUCCGGACCUGGAAAAUCGACUUCACGUGUAUGACCGUUUCGGCACUUAUACGUUGUCGAACACGGUGUGUCGGACUACAGACGUCUCGGAACCUCUGAAAUACUUCACCGUGUGGCCGUCGAUCGUCUCCAGAAGCCUCGACCUGACGUCAUCCUUGAAAUCCGCAAAGAAUUCAGUGGAAGACUCGCGGCCGCGCUGUUCGCGGGCAUCCGAUCUGCAACUACCUCCACGGCACUACAUCGACGAGUUCGCCGAGCGCCUCAUGAGAGGGAGCGUCGCCGCCGCACCCGAUGAGAACCUCGCGGAACUUCUCGCCCUGAUGGCGGGCAACCAGAAGCUCUCGGUCGAUGAGUUGGGCGCCCGAAUCGCGUCCACCCUCUCAGAGGACGAAACGUCAUGGGUCAUGUUGACCGCGUCCGCCAUCUACUGGACGAUCGUAGGCGAUUACGAGCAGGCGAUGGUCUGCUUCCGAGGGGCACUCUCUCAAGUACCGGAGGCUUCGAUGGACAUUCCAUCGAUUUAUUUAGCCCAUUUGUUAAAUAGAGCCGGGCUUUAUAGAGAGGCGCUCGAGGCUGCCAACGUCGCCCUCAAGGCUCACCCGAAUUUCGUUUUGAAUCAUUUCACAGUAGCGGAAAUUUACAUAUCUGCGGGUGAAAACGAGAAGGCGAUCGGGUUCCUGAGGGCGUGUCUAUCGCUAGAUUCCAACUUCGAGCCGGCACGCUCCAAACUAAAAGCGUUGCUGUGCAAAAUACUCUUUGAUGAUUCAUCGGACACAUCGCCGACGCGCGUUGCGCGCCAUAUUGUCGACGUCCUGAACUAACGUCACGUGUGACUCAUUUUUAAUAAAUCGGGUUAACUUUAUGAUUUUUAUUAGAAAAUAAUACGUAACUUGACGUCUCUUUUUAUCGCGAAAAUAAAAAAUGUUU